AACAAAAAAUAGCACCAUGUCUGCAAACAAAUUCCACUUUUAUUGUGGUAUUAUAUUUUUCUUGCUUUCAAUUUUCACAACGAUCUUCAGCAAUAUUACUAACUCAUCGUAUGUACAUAUUUAUCAGAAUGUCAACGAGGAAAUAGGAGAAGGGGUUCCACUUGUUGCCGAUGCACCUGACUUGAGCUCUGAACCUCCGAGCUGCAUAAACAAGUGUGAGACAUGUAAUCCAUGUGAACCAACUCUAGUGAUUCUUGCUCCUGUGUCUUCACCUUCAGUAUCUGCACCUCCUACAGAGAUGCCAGACCAGCCAUACUCAUAUCCAGAAACAUGGAGAUGCAGGUGUGGGGACAAGUUUUAUCCACCACUAAAUUAAUUUUAACACCAAUUAUACGCUUCAUGAUAAUAUUUAACUAUCACUAUGUUUGAUGUAUUGUUCUCAACUUAAAAUAAAAUAAUCAGAAUAUUUGCUUUCAAA